UCGGUAAGCUGCAGGUGGCUCUGGGAAAGUCCCAGGGGUGGGGGCAACCUUCACAGCCUCCACAAAGCAGUUACCACCUUGCCCCACCCCCUGGGUAAAAGUCUCCUUCCUCUGGCUGAAAUUCCAGUUAGAACUUCCUACCUUUGGCUGAAAGCUGACUUUUCUGUUACCAUGUGGAUGCCCCAGGUGGAGGGACCCACUCCUGCUUAAGAACACCAUGCAUGCAGGAGCACUGCAAGGCGCUCAACAGUCAGCUACUGGAAAGAAGGCCACUGUGGUGCUGAGAAACCUCUAGGCCAGGCAUGGCCCUGAGUCCGAGGGCUAGUCUGCUCCUCCUCGAAGACUCAAAGAUGACACCUUCUGAGUCCUCCACUGUGGGCCCAGGCCUGGGCUCUGACAUCAUCUCUGGGUCAGGCCCAGAUAUAGCCCUGGCUCCUGUCUUAAAUCCACCCCCAGAUCCAGCUUCUGCUACCAUCCUAGACCUUAAUCCAACUCAGAGCCCUGUCUCUGAGGAGGCCCCUGGCCUGGCCUUUGACAACACCCCUGGAUGUGGUGAGGGCAAGCCUGAGGCUGCAGCCCCCCUCCAGAUCACCACCUCUCUCUCUGCUGAAGUCCUAGCUCUGAAUUCAAAUCCCCUCUCAAGGUCCAGUUCACAGGGGGGCCUACACCCAGCCUUGAACCUCAUUCUGAGACCCAGCUCUCCCGAGGCCCCUGGUUUGGCUGCAGGGAGGUGCUUUGGAUCAAAAUCUGAGGAGGUCUUCACCUCCCUCUCAAACAAGAUUUUCGAUUUGGCUCAGAGUAACACCAAUCCUUGCAGGUCCGAAUCCAACCCAUUUUUAAAGUCCUGUUCAAGAGAAGGCCUGGUUCAGGGCUGCCGUAUCUCCAGGCCCAGAUCCAGAGCACUCCUGAUCCCAGCCUCAGACCUUACUCCGGAUGCAGACCCCAGCCUGCGGCUGGGCUUGGAUUCCAAAAACAUCUCCCAGCUAGACCUGAGUUCGGCUGCAGGUGCCUGUGGGGCCCUGGUCCCGGACACAAGCGAGUCCAUCACGUUCCUCUCCCAGAAUAUCUCUCGGUCUGUUUCCAAAGGAACCUUUGGCACCACUUGGACCACAAGCUCCAAAGGAGCCACCAAUGGAGCUCCGGACAGCAUGCCCAUGGCUGACAUGAACAUGACUGUCACACAGUCCUCGUGCAUGACGCUGAUACCUCCUGCCCCUGCUGAUGCUGAGGGUGCCAGCCAGCACUCCAGCGCCCACAGGCCCACUUUCGCUUACUCCCCCUCUUCCUACAUGACCCUGAUUCUGGGCUCCAAUGAGACGCUGAGCCUGGGCUCUAGCCUCCUCUUCAGUGACACCUCCACUCUGACCUUGAGCAGCCAGCGUGACUACUCUGAGGACAACAGCACCCACACUCUGCCCCUGGCCGAGAACUUGGUGAGCUGGGGCCAGGUGCCUGGUAUGCAGCUGGGCUUCCCCACCUGUGACGUCACGGACACGAGUGCCUUGCACAGCAUCCCAAAGGAAACCUUUGAGGAAGUGACCUCACGCCUGGUGAUGGAGUCAGGGAAGAAAGAAGAUGACAGCAAAAUGACCCUGGAUGGGAAUAUCCUCACCCUCAAGGAAAGCCAGGAACAGCUGGGAGUGGAAGGAGAGAAGAAGACCAUGAUGAAGAAGAUGAUGAGGCAGAUUCAGGAGGAGCCGCUCGAUUCCCUGUUAAGUUCCGUCCGCCAGCAGGCUAUGGAGACCCUGACCAAGCUGAGCCACACCCAGCCUAUCCUGGGGUUGCGGGAAAGGACAGAGAUGGUGAGCACAUGCGUGAAGAGUGUGUUCUCCCUGCCCUCCGUGCAGGCCAUGCAGGAGAAAGAUGAGGCCCAGGCUGAGAUCAUACAGACCCUUUACCAUCAGACCCUGGAUGCCCUGCAGAAACUACUCAACGCCCUCUUUGCGGAAGACCCCACACCUACUGGGUUGAAGACCAUAUUGGAGCCCCUGGGGCCCUGGAUGAACUCUGGGAAGGUCCAUGAGCGAAGACGGGCUGUGAACAGCAAUGUCUCUGUGUUGAACCACACGCUUCUGACUCUGCCUCUCUUUAUGUCCUCGGGGUUCCCGGCUCUGGGGCUUCUACUGGGGAGGCUCAUCCUUCGCAUCGGGGAUCCUGAUGAAGAGAUUGGCCGGGAAGCUCUGGAUGGCAUCAUCAUCCUCUAUACCAUCCUGGAGCUCCAGAAAAGAGCCGGAGAUAAGGAAGAAACCAACAAGAAGGAGCUGUAUGAGAGCAACAAGCGUUUCCUGGGGCCUUACAACCCUGUCAGCCCCUGCCAGAACAUUCUCCGAGUGAUCGCGGAAUUUGGUGACUUCCUGGGACCCCAGCAGGUAAAAGACCUGCUGCUUGCAGCCCUGGAAGGGCUGAAAGGUGUCUCAGAGACUCCUCGGGGGAAGGACUCAGGGGAGAUGAUGCAGCUGGCCUCAGAGGUGACGCUCAGCUCCGUGCUGGAGUGGUACCGCCACAGGGUGCUGGAGGUGAUCCCAGAAAUCAUGCAGGGCAUCUACCUGCAGCUGAGUCACAUCCAGGAGCCCCGGGCCCGAGAGGUGGCCCUGCUGCCUGUCUCCCUCCUGGCCAGCUCCUUCAUGACAGAGGUGGUGGUGGCGCUGCUCAUGUGCCCGCUCCCGCUGGACAGCAACGGGGCAGAGAUGUGGAGACAGCUACUUCUGCGCAAGCCCAGCUGUGACGUCCGAGACCUUCUGGACCUGUUGCUCACUAGCCUGAAGGAGAAACCCAUCACCAAGAAGGGCCGGGCCUCCAUCGUGCCCCUGGCAGCGGCCAGCGGCCUGUGCGAGCUCCUGUCCAUCAAAAGCUGCAUGGGCCGCGUGAGGCGCAUCUACCCGCAGCUGCUGCUGGCGCUGCUCAUCCAGGUCCAUUACCACAUCGGCCUCAGUCUGCCCUGCCGCGCAGCAAACAGCAAGGACGGACAGAAGAACCUAAGGCUCUCCUGCUUCCUGCCUGCGCGCUGGGUGGUCAAAGUGGUGAAAACCCUGCUGCUGAAGAUGGGCUGCUCCUACGAGGCCACCUUUCUGGAGGACCAGCGUGGCUGGGAGCUUAUGGAGCAGGCGGAGAACCACCACCGGGGGGUGUCCCUGCUGGCCAGGGCCAUGGUGCACUACUCCUGCCAGGAGCUGUGCCGCAUCCUCUACCUGCUGAUCCCACUCCUGGAGCGGGGGGACGAAAAGCACAAGAUCACCGCCACCGCCUUCUACGUGGAGCUCCUCCAGAUGGAGCAGGUGCGGCGGAUCCCCGAGGAGUACUCUCUGGGCCGCAUGGCGGAAGGCCUCAUACACCAGGAUCCCAUCAUGAAGGUGCUGUCUAUUAGAGGCCUAAUGAUCCUGGCCCGCAGGACAGAGAAGACUGCCAAGGUGCAGGCCCUCCUCCCCUCCAUGGUGAAGGGCCUGAAGAGCAUUGACGGGCAGUUGGUGGUGGAGGCAGUGGAGAACCUCAAGGCCAUCUUCAAGGGGCAGGACCGCAAGCUGACGGGCAGCUCCUUCUGUGUGGAGAUGCUGCAGGCCCUACUGCCGCACUUCAGUGACUCCCGGGAAGACGUGCGCUGCUCCUGCAUCAACCUGUACGGCAAGGUGGUCCAGAAGCUGCGGUCGCCCCACUCUCGGGACAUGGAGGAGCAGCUGGUCAGCACCCUGGUGCCCCUGCUGCUCAUCACACAGGAGGGCAACACCAAGGUGAGCCAGAAAUGUCUGAAGACCCUGUUCCGCUGUUCUUGCUCCAUGGCUUGGGAACUGCCAAAGGGAGUUUACAGCAGGAAGCCCUGGGACAGCCAGCAGCAGGUGGUGGCCAAAGUGUGCAAGUACCUGGUGAACACCCAUAAAGAGAGUGCCUUCACGUUCCUCAGCCAGAGCCUGGAGUAUGCCAAGAAUCCCCGGGCUUCCCUGCGCAAGGCCUCCGUCAUUUUCAUAGGGUCACUGGUCCCCUGCAUGGAGAGCAUCAUGACUGAAGAUCAGCUGAAGGAAGUGAAAGUCGCUCUGGAAAACCUGAGACAUGACCCAGAGGCCUCAGUGUGUAUCUACGCAGCCCAGGCCCAAGACCAUAUCCUGACCAGCUACUGGCAAACUUCCUGGCCAUUGCUGCAAGGGGAUUCAUGGAUGUGCGACCCGUCCUCCACACACCAGUGGAGCCCGAGCUGUGAGAAUCUGCCCACUUCCCACCAGCGGCGCUCCUGGCUCAGGCAGGCACUGAGCAACUGGAAGAUGUCCAUGAAGCAGUGAUGCCCUGUGCUCCCAGCCCUCCACAGGGUGGUCACGACCCCAGCCAUGCCCGCCAUAAAUGUCACGUGGCUACCCUC